UCAGACUCGUGACAACCAAAUAUUUGGAAAUGUGCUCAUUUUAUACGACUACGUGACCACAGAAAAUGCUCCAGUUCCAGUAUAUCUUUCCCACGGCAACAAUCGUCUGCGAAGUGCAGUAACAGAUAGGCAGUGUGGAGUUGAUACCGAUUUGCCAUUUGAGCCGAAACUCUUUGAGGAAACUUGUGGAGUCGGAGUGUACCUCAAAUUGCAUUCGAACAACGUUGGAUGGACUCAGAACAAGAUUAACCUUCUUGACUAUUUAUACAACAAAGUUGACAUUUUGGAAGUGCUUGGCGCUCUGAACACUAGUCUCCCGGAUGUACCGCCUUUGAUUGAGACAAUCGGAGCGUUCGCAUGCUUUGUCUCCUCUUGUCAUGUCGCAGGGCAGAUCUACCACGCUGUUGAUGGCCUUUCCCCGUGGACAACUAAAACAGGCCUUGGUGAAGGAACGAAGAAAAUGCGCAUUCGCACAGAAAACGAAGUUUGACACUGAAUGAAGUGAACAACCAAUUCAUAAUAUCAGCGGACCAAAGCACCCCAUCGGAUUAUAUGUUAAUCGAGAGAAUGUCAACACUUGCAAGAUAUAAAAGAGUACGAAAGGAGAAGAGCAUGGAUUGCUUAAUACCACAAAGCCGACUCAUCCGCCGCUGGUCAAAAAUGCUGCAGGCUAUGUUUUUUUCGUAGCACGAUGUGAAUGGACCGGCGCAGAUGGUUCAGGCCCAUCAACAUCAUCGGACGUCAAGGAAAUGAAUUGAAAAUUGAAAUGAUAAUCAUACUUUUAGUGCCUAUCCAGUUUCAUUGAGUUUUUUAUGUAUCGUAUUUGCAAUUUUUAUGUUAACUUUUUUACAAUUGCUCUUGUGUUAGUUUUUUGAUAGGAGUUCUUAGGUCAAGGUUAUUGACAAGUUGAAAAAUCCCAAAGAAUGAGAUUUUUGGGUGGUGAUUUUGUAUUGUAUUUAUUCUAUAGUUUUUUCCAUAAUAUAAGUAUUUAAUAUCCAUAUUCCAUUGAAUUUGGUGAAAUUGAAUAAAUUUGGCAAAAAUGAAUU